CCCUUCCUCUUCCCCUCCAAACAAACCAGAACAAAACAAACUUUUGGUGCAAGGAUGACCGUGAAGUGAAACUGAUUUAAAUGGAAACAACUAACCGGCAGUUUAAGUUUCGGCCGAAAGAAAGUUUUCUUUGACUUCUACAACCAUUUCGGAUUUGGUGAUAUCAACGACUGACAUACGAGUGACAUAUCUGUCAGAUAGCAGUUUGAGGACACGUACCUACCGCACAGUUUGAAUCUUUUUGUCAAAACUUUAUGAGUUUCUCCUGUUGUAAUGGCUAAGUGCUGCGCGCCAUACUGUGUGAAUAAUCAGAAAAAAGAUUCUGUGGAAUGCAACUUUUUCCAGUUCCCAGAAAAUCCCUGCCUUCGAAAGCAGUGGAUAUCAAACAUUGGUCGACCUCAUUGGAGCCCUGGCAGACGGAGCGUCAUAUGCUCAGCACAUUUUGAGGAUAGUCAAAUAGAGAUAAAAGGUCGAAAAGUUCUUUUGCGAAAGAAUGCCAUACCAACUCUUUUUCAAAAUUCCAGCAAAAAAAGGUUGGAAGUGAUAAAGCCUCCUGACCGCUCCAAAACUUCUAAAGUUCAACUACUUCAAUUAUCUCAAGAACAAAAUGUUACCACCCUUAUUGCCACAGAAGAAGUGGUUACAACCUCUGAAGCAAAAGUAAACCUUGACUCUGACUUGGAUCAGAGCCUGGAAAAACAGCCAUCUAAUCUGAGACUGAGAGUGGAGCUUGCUUCUAGUAUGGAUGAGUUUGUAGUUGAAGAUACAUACAUACUUUCAGAUUGUGAGGUUGUUGGUAACCAAGUGGAAUCUCAACAGUCUCAAAUGAGUUAUGACAAGCUUAUUGCAGAGGAUAAAACAUCAGAUUUUAUGAGCCCUCCUGGUAAUAUUUCUCCGGCACUUGCACAAAGUCUCAAUUUUCAGAACAAACUUUCCUUGGUGCAAAAUAAUUCUAUAACAGUGGACUCCAACUCCUCAUCUGAUACAUCUUGUAAAAUGUUUCUAAUUCCUGAGAACCAAUACUCAAAAUCAGACAGCAUUACAUUUAGUCAGCAAGCUACUUCUAAGCUAGACCUGUCAGGCAAGCAAGUUUUGGAUUUAUCAGAAAUAGCAACUCCUUACUCUGCUGACACAGAGACAUGUGUUUUUCCUGUUAAAGGCAACACGAUCAUAGUGCCUCCUAUUAAAAAACGCAAGUUGUCUGAAAGUGAUAUCUCUUUUAUACCAAAUUUUAGUGAAGAAGCUGGAGCUGUAGAUCAAGAAGAAAUCCAUGUACAUACCAAACCAAACCAAUUUAUUCAGAAGGGUUUCAUAGAAUUACCUGUCUCUAUAUCUUGUCAUAAGUUGAGCCAGAAUUUCAAAAGAAAUUCAGAGUCAUCAAUCAAAUGGCAAAGUGGUACUUAUAUGUGCAGGUUGUGUGGUAUUGCAAGCAAUAAAACUAUCAAUCUAUUCAGCUCUAAAGCCAAAGAAACAAAUUUGUUAACUCGAAUUUCUUCUAUUCUUUCUAUUAAGAUUGUUCCAAAUGAUGACCUUCCUCAAAACAUAUGUUCUAAUUGCUUAGACAGCUUAGACACUUGUUCAGAACUUAUAGUAUCAUCUUUUAGAACUCACAAUCAGUUAGCGUCUGUGAUGGGACAGGAUGUCAAGGAAACAUCACAUCUCCCUGUGUUCUUUCAUGAGAGUAAGAGGAAAAGUAAUCAGAAUAUGAACUGGCAAAGACAUAUUCUCCUAAUGGAGAUUAUUCAUGAAAAGGAUAAAUCUUUCCAAGAGUACUUAUCUAUUGCUUAUAAUGACCUUCAUAUGAGACUGUCAUCAGAGAUUGGUGAAAUCAAUGAGCCACAAUGCAGUUUGUUACUUGCUUCAAUCUCUAACAGCUGUACUGUGUCUGAAAUAGAGCAAGCACGCACAGCUGCUGAAGCUCUUAUUUGUAAGACACUGAUUUGCCAUGAAAACAGUGAAAGAGAAUCUGAGCCUCUUUUGGAAUUUAUUUCAACAGGCGAUGAUGAGCAAUGUUCUGAUGAUGACAGUGCCCAUCCUGCUAUUGUUCUGGAAGAAGAGUUUGAUCCAACCGAGUCAGAAGUAAUAUCUGAUGACGUAACAAACAUAGAAUCCAUUCCAUUGGUUGCAUCAAACAGCAGUUUUCAAUUUCUACCAAAUGAUUUUCAAGUGAUGCCUAUCGUAGAUGAUGCCAGCCCCAGUGAAUAUCUGCCCUUUGAAAACAAAUACUCAAAAUUAAGUGAAAUGAGACUUUCAAAAGAAAAGUCACUCGAAAAUAUGCAAAAAUUUCUUUUUUGGCAUAUAACAGAAGACAAAAAUAUUAAGUUGGGUUGUAGACUCUGCAACACUCAUCUUGAUCGACUCUCAAAUUUUCAACAUCAUCUUGAGAGUCACACAGACUUUCUGGGAAAUAUCAAGGAAAACAUUGAUAUGAGAAGGCAGCUGUCUCAGACAGACCACAAAUCCCAAAUGACCACAGGAAUAUCCUCUCGGUAUCAAUGUUCAGUUUGUAGUGAACAUUUUCCUGUGAGGUCAUCCCUUAAAUUACAUCUUCAGCAGCAGCAUGAAGCAAAUGCUAAAUGUGAGGCAUCGGAUAUUUGCAAAGCUUCUUCACACCAUAAGUUCUGUAACAAAUUUAAGAAAGAAAAAGAAUGGCAGUGCAGAAAGUGCUUAGAAGUCUUUUCAAUGGAGAGUGAGCUACAGAAACAUCAAGCACUGACACGUCAUGAUACGGAGGCGGUCAGUUGGCUCUGUGAUGUUUGUGGAAAGAGAUAUUCCCAGCCAGCAAAGCUUAAUCAGCACAAAAAGUCUCAUCUCCCAGCAGAAUUUAAAUACAUUCAUCAGUGCACUCACUGCCCUAAGAGAUACAUAAAUUCAUCUAGACUCAGAGAGCAUAUGCAAAAGCAUGAAGAAAAGAAGUACAUGUGCAAAGUUUGUGGUAAGCUUUUCAGCACAAAACAGAUACUUAAGCAGCAUGAGUUUACUCAUGGAGACCCCCAAUUUUUGUGUUCAUUGUGCUCAAGAACAUUCUUUAGAAAGAGUCAUCUUUUGAAACACAUGAACGUGCAUAAUCCUCAGAAUUCAAGGGCUUGUCGUGCUGGACCGCAGCCACAUCGGGAUGGAUUGAAUCGUUGCAGGGAAUGUAAGAAAGUUUUUGAUCAAAACACCCUACUAGAUCAUUAUAAAAUGUGCCACCCAAACAUUCCUCUUGACAAUUACGUGUGUGAAAUUUGCAAAGAAGAAAAUACUUCAUAUGCUGAACUUUACCAACAUCAGAGAGAAGUCCAUAAGACAGGUGUUAAAGAUUGUCCUUUUUGUGAUAAGACAAUUGAUAGUUCUACUCAGAUGAAAUAUCAUUUAAUGAGACAUGAAGGUAUGUUUCCCUACAACUGCCCACUGUGUCACCAUGGUUACACAGCAAAUAGUGUCCUACAAGAUCAUAUUCGAAGAAAGCACACAGGAGAAAAGCCUUUUGAAUGUCAGCAGUGCUUAAAACGUUUUCCAACUAAUGGUGCACUGGCCCAACACAGCACAGUACAUUCUCUGCCUCAUCAACUUCUCCCUUGCCCAGUUUGCAAUCAAGGAUUCAAACGAAAGGCUCAUCUAGAUGUUCACAUUCGCACGCAUACUGGAGAGAAGCCUUACCCAUGCCCCAUAUGUGAUCGCCCUUUUCGUCAAAGACCAGACUGUGUGAAACAUAUUCGUGUUAUUCACGGGGAGGACCCAUCUAAAUUCGACAUUCGCUUUCAUCCAAACAUGGGUGUUACAUUUCCUCAAGUUGUGUCUGUCGCUGACAUGGAAUUGAUUUUGGAGGGUGAAGACCUUAUGCAAACAUCUUUAGAAGCAAAUCAACUGAUUGUCAAUCAUGAAAAUAAUAGCUAAGCUAAGCUAGACUGAAUUUAUAUAAAUGAAACACGUAGUUCAAAUGUUGCCAUUUAAUCAUGAUAAAAAAAGAAGUGGUAUCUGAUUAUCUGUGGCCAGCAAAAUAUCAAAGCUAAGCAAUCUGUGAUUUAUUUAUAAGACCGAGUAUGAGACCAACAAAAUAAAAGCUCAACUCUGGUACACAAAUUGGUUUUCUUUGCGAGCCUCCCGUUCACUUCCUAAAAUCUGCACCUCAGUAGUCCAGAGGCCGAGGCAGUCAUUUCCACUUUUUACUGCACCGCGCGCCACGGGUUGGCACGGAUAUAGCACGGUGCAGCCAGACGGAA